AUGAGUUAUAACGUAUACUUUACCAAGAUUCAUCCUUUUAUUUUAUACUCUUAUUACUUUUGCAUCCUCUCAUUGCCAAAUCGUUUUUCCAGCUCCUAUUCUGCGUUUCAUGUGCCGAGCCUUUUCAUUUCUACUGUGUCGACCGACAAUUUCGCCCCCGUCGCAAAGACCAUUUCAUUUGCCGAAAUUGCACCCAAUGCCGCGUGUGCCAAGCCGCCGGUUCUGAACUUCGAUGUGUUCGCUGCCAAGCUGGCUACCACUCUGUUUGCUUACCCAAUUACGGCCCAACUGAAAUGGGCAAGAGGGGCUCUUUUGUAA